CGGGGCUUCAGUGGGCAUUCUGACAUUGGGGGAACCGAGUUGGUGUCACUGACAACCCCAGUGACAUCAAUACAUGUGAUCAGUGCUAAUAAAAAGCACUGACCCUGUACUAAUGGCACUGGGCAGGAAGGGAUUUUAACAUGUGAGGCAAUCAAAGGGUUAAAUGUGUGCUGUUUUACUGGGGGCUGUGUUAGUGCUUUCCACUGUUAGAACACUGCUUUGCAUGUCUCUGCUAUGCAUAGUCAUGCAAAGAACAAUACAGAUCUCUCCCCUGUCA